AUGAAUUGUGGGACGACUUGUGAGAGCGAUACAGACGAUUGCUCUGAUUUUCGAGGAAGAAAGUCCAGUAAGAAAGGAGGUGCUUGCGACUUUACUUCUUGUAACAAAGGUAAGGGAGAUCAGAAAGGAGAGCCGAAGUGUUCGUGCAGAGGGGGAGAAUCCUUCCAGAAGUGGAAGAAGGAGAUGCUAUCGAAGGAGUGUAGCAAGGGAUCAUGUGGCAAGAAUGCCAAACGUUCCUACAGUGACACCUCCUGUCGCGCGACGAAAAAAAGUUCGACGAGUAGCAAAGAAUGUUGCGGCUGCUCGUGUGCGUCAUUCGUCUUUUGUGCUGCCGCGCUCGUGGCUGUCGGUGUCACUGCUGCCUACAUCAAGAAGAAAUAUAUCGAUUGA